AUGAAAACCCUAGCAUCAACAGGCGAUGAGGCGGAGAAAUGCCCGGUAGAUCCCAAAACCCGGGAACUGUGGCUGCAGGCGGCGAAGGCCAAAAGCGAGCGAAAUGCAGGUCAAGCGAAGGACCAACAGGGCACUAGAGCCCUGCAGGAACCCAGAUUCUCACUGGACACGAUGACCUGGCAGAUACCGACGACUGCGACCCCAGCAACGCCACGGGCGAAGAAGCAACGUCUCCCAACCGACCGUGAGAUCUCCACCAUCCCCAGAGCGCUACCGCCAACCCACCGUCCGACAUCGUACAACCAUGCCGAAAGCGCCGCAUCUCAUGGCGCGCAGAGCAGUUCUCCCUACAACCAACCUCCCGCUAACAGCGAGAAGGACACCGGGCACGAUUCAGCUUCGGGCAACUGGAUCUACCCCUCACAGGAAAUGUUCUUCGCCGCCAUGCAGCGCAAAGGCCACUCCGCCUCCGCCUCUGAUAUGGCCUCCAUAGUCCCCAUCCACAACGCUGUUAACGAGCGUGCCUGGUCCGAGAUCAAAGCCUGGGAAGCCGGUCGCGGGUCUGAAGCGUGCGGUGGGCCGAAACUCGUGAGCUUUAGUGGCGACAGUAAGGCUUUGACUCCAAGGGCGAGGUGGAAUGUUUUGAUGGGGUACCAGAUGCCUUUUGACAGACACGACUGGGUUGUGGAUCGUUGUGGGAAGCGUAUAGACUACGUUAUUGACUUCUACUCCGGCAAGGACUCUGGUGUCGCCGGACGGGCCUUGAACUUCUACCUUGAUGUGAGGCCGAAACUCAAUACGUGGGAAGGUACCAAGACUAGGAUGAUGAGGGCAUUUGGAGCGUGA